GAGGGCGCACAGCGGCGCCGCGCAGCGCACCAGCUCGUCCGGGCAGAGGAACACACGUGUUGCUGCUGGAGCAGGCGGAGGAGGAGAAGAGUGUCGUCUUCUGCAGUCCUACACACUUGACUGCACUUAGUCCACACAUCACCACAUCCCACUGUCUGGUGGGACCAUGUGGGUUCUGGAUAAGAUCCGCGGGUCGGUUGAGACCAGUGUGCUGCGACAGGGAGAGAAUGGAGACAAGAAAGGCAUGGCCCCGGCCUACAGUAAUGUCCUCACGCCCGACAAGAUCCCAGACUUUUUCAUUCCUCCGAAGCUCAUCAGCUGCUCGCCUGAGCCUGAGGCUCCUCGCCUGAGGCCCAAGGAGGGGCUGCAGCCGUCCACGUCGGAGCAUACGAUCGGCAGCGGGAGGAAGAUCAGCAGCCCAAGAAGUCCACGUCUGGUGGCCAAGAUUGCAGGAGACACCAAGAACCUGCUGAGGGCAGCGAACCGCCACAUCAUACAGAUAGAGAGUGCUGAUGAAGUCGUGGCUGGAGACACCAACGCAGACCCCCAGUCUCAGACAGCUAUGUCCCUGCCUUAUGUUCCCAAGACUCAUACAUCUUAUGGCUUUGCAACCUUGAAGGAAAGCCCCCACACCCGCCGAAAAGAGUCGCUGUUCCACUGUGAACUUACCAGUCCCAUCACAUCCCCCAACACCCAGAGGAAGGCCCCAGGGAAGAGCAGCGAGGCAGGCAACCACCUGAAUCCAGCCGACUGCAACACCUCGCACAUGAAUCCGUAUCGUUACUUCAGCGGCGGGGAGAGUGACACCUGCUCCUCGGCGGAGUCCUCUCCCUUCAGCUCUCCUCUGCUCUCCCGCUCCGCAUCUCUGCUCAAGAUCUUCACCCAUGAGACGCAGGCCAAAGUCGUGAAAGCGAAGCGGACGCUCGCCCGCCACAGCUCCCUCUCCACGGACGAGUGCAGCUCGGCCGAGCCCAGCCCGAACAUCCAGCGGCGGCUCCACGCCCCCACCUUCCACGGAGGUGCCGGGGCGUCCGACCACGGCCUCCAUCAAGAGCACACCGUUAACCUGCACAAAGGCGGCGCGGUGAAGAUCAGCGCCAACUACGACUCCAGCACCUCCCGCCUGUUGAUCCGCAUCCUGGCAACGGAGAGUCUCUACGACAGGCACUUUGACAUCAAGAGCAUCAACUGCUGCGUGGCCGUCUACCUGAACCCGGGCAAACUGCAGAAGCAAAGGAGCAACAUCAUCAAAAACAGCCGCAACCCGGUCUUCAACGAGGACUUCUUCUUCGACUCAAUAAGCCCGGUUCAGGCGAAGAGCCUGUCGGUGAAGUUCAAGGUGGUGAACAAAGGCACCAGCCUGAAGAGGGACACGCUGCUGGGCGAGCGAGAGGUUCCGCUAACAAAGCUGCUGUCAGGGCUGUAAAGCCGCAGCAGCCGGAGGUCAAAGCAGGAGGAAACAAAGGAAACUGAGUGAAACUUAAAUUAGAUGUCAGCACUGGUUUCUGCUCUUUUUAUUGGGAGCGAACACAAAGGGUGUCAAAUUAAAUAUUUCAAAAUGAGGUAUAGAUUCCUAGAAGAGAGGCUCUGUUAAAAAAACCAAAAAAAAAACCCCACCAAGCCCAAGAAAACAAAUCUUUUGAUAUUCAUGACCUAAUGAAGGAUUUAUCUUGGUUGGGGUUUGCCCGGUUCCUUCUUCCAAUAAUGAAGGCUCAUUAAACCAAGCUGAGCCUCACAUCAACAGAUGAAUUGGACAGAUGAAAGCUUUUUUUCCCCCCGGACACGUCCCCCAGCCAACUUCCUCAGCCAGGUCUGGUUCAAAGGUUUGGACAACACCUGUGCAUCAGCCGGUCUCCAUGUCCUUGCAUGUACGGUGUUUGUCCUGCAUGCACCAUGGUUUUAUUAUUGUAAUGUGACAUAAAUCAACAGCAGCACGGGAUGGGGAUGGACUUUAGCUGCCCCUGUGUGCUUAGCACAAAGAUGCCUUUGUGAAUCGGCGUGAGCUUUGAAGUGGCACUACAUCCUGAUGUGCAAAUGACCCUUUGAUCCCGGUUACCAUGGCCCACCUCCUACGGGGGGGGGGGGCACAGAGCAGUCACGAUAAUCACAUGCACGCAUGCACAUGGAAAAAAAUAGAAUUAUAAUCCAAUUGAUAAUGGAAGCUUCAUAUGAUUAUUACCCUGUGCGUCGCACAAGCAGGGUAUUGUUUUCACCCUUGAGUGUGUUUGUGUUUGUGUGGACAAAAUAACUCAACAAUGCAUGGACGGAUUUUCACCAAACUUGGUGGGACUAUUACUUGGGAGGAUAUCUUCAGAUGAUUUACUUUUUAGGUUGAUCGGUCAAAGGUCAACAAAAUAUGGUCCAAGACAAAUAACAAGGCUAGAGAGACGGACUGAAGCUUUUAUUGAUCAGAAGACGAUUGCCCGUCAUAUGAUAUCAUAUGACACGUGACCAUGAUGAUGAAGUCCCAAUGAAGUCCGAAAAUGCUGUCAUUUAGUGUAUUUAGGCAUUCACAUUUGCAACCAAUAUGAAUAAGAGAAAGAUCUACAGCUUAAUUAUAUUGACCAAUUGUUUGCCAUCAUAUGGUAUAAAUGACAUAAUGAUGAUGUCAUUAUGAAAUUGCAUUAUUACAGUAAAAUUUUAAAAAACUGGCAUAGCCUGAUUGGGGCGUAUGCAGUGUGUGUAGGGUUUGCAUCGUCCGUCCGAUGCUUUUCAUUAUUAGUUACUGUACUUAUGCUCUUAAUCAGAGAAAGCAAAGUCAGAUGAUGUUCAUGUGCUGUUGAAGAGUUUUGUCUGUAGACUAAAGAUGCCCUGAGGAGUUUUCUCAUCAUCAAGAAAAAAGUUAUGUUUUUUUGAAAAACUAAUUUUGUUGAAGUCUCACAAUUGCGUUGGAAUUAUUUGCCUCCUCGUGACUGAGGGAACUCAAUAAUAGACAGAACUGACUAAAGAUGCGAUUUCGUGCAGGUUGGGGCACAAGGUCUCGUCUUUAACAGCCGCCAGUUAUGUCUUAACUUCAUGUAGUGACUACAUGAAUCCCGACUCACUGAGUUGAUGAAUGUGAAGGGAGGAGGAAAGAUGUUUGUAUGUUUAUAUCAAAUGUCAUCGAUCAAAUUAAUUUUGAACCAGAAUACUGGAUGUUUCAAUUUUGCAGUCGGUCACAAAGCCACACCAAAAGAUCUUUGGGGCAUUUCAAAUUUCUUUCCACUCUGCUUCACCGAAGUCCAUCUGAAGCACAAUAUUCUUCAUUGAUCUCUAAAAAUGUCCGGCAACUAUGCUUCAAUUGAACACGAGAAAAUUCUUCUCGCCAACAUUUUAGUUCACUUUUAACAGAAUUACCAGUGUGGCCGUGAUUAAAACUCACACUUUUACCUUUCACUGACAGUGUAAUCAAGUCAAAUACAUAUUUCAUGUAACAUUAAUGUAAACAGAAUUUUUAACAAUUUAUGCAAUCAGGCCUUGCCUUAGUCACAGUGUUGGCAGUGGACAAAUACAGUACUUGUGUGCAUGUAAAUGUAAUAAAUAAGAGAAGAAUAGAGCACUGCCAGAUGCAUGGCAUGACUAUGUCAAUGUUUGCAUGACGUGCUCAAAGUUUAUUGAAACCCUGAAGCCUUAGUGUGUGUGUGUGUGUGUGUGUAUGUGUGUGUGUGUGAGAGAGUGCGAGUGAGUGAGUGAUACAGAGGUAGUGUGUGUUUUAAUCAGCAUGACAUUUUGUCCAAAGUUGUGAAUUUUCUAUGUAGUAUUUUGUUAAAAUGGUUUGAAACGACUGUAAACAUAGUGAUGGAUUUGUACUAAAUAUAACUACGCUUGUUGUAGUUUCUACUGUUGUCAGUGAAGUGCCAAUUAUGCACUAUAGCGAGUGAGAAGUGCUGAUGAGAGGCAUUUUAAUUAUAUCUGUUUCAACUCUGAUGAAGCCCGGGGGGGCCGAGCUGAAAUAUCAAGAAAGAAAUACCAAAAAAAAUACAAAAAAACAAGGUGACAUGAAAACAAUAUUAUGCAUUCUGAAGUGAACAGCGCUGCCGUCCGUCCUCCUGAGGAAUCAGUACAAACUCGUGUUGUGUUUAUGCCUGCAGGCACCUCACAGUCGAGACUCGGCUCUCAGAAAUCAGAGACAUCAGAGCGAUGCGAACAGCAGAGGUUUCUUUACACGCUGUUCCAAAGCUUCGGUUGGAUUCUGGGAGGAUCACUGUCACCUGGUGUUGUGUAGCACACGUGUAGCACUGCUGUCGAUAUGCUCCAUAGACUAUUAUAUACAGUGACUCCGCUGGUGGGCUUUUUGUGAAGGUCAGUGAUCUGUUGUAAUCCCACGAUGUUGACUACUCGCGUGCAAACAUACAGUGCCUGCUUGUAGAAUUAUUGUAUUUUCUACAUAAACCUGAUUCGUACUCGCCCCUGUUGUUACAAAACCUUUUUGUGUGUGUGUGUGUGUGUGUGUGUGUGUGUGUGUGUGUGUGU